CACAGCACAGCACAGCACAGCACAGAACAGAACAGAACAGCACACGGUUGCCAACUGCGAUCCGAGUUUCCCCGAUCUCCUCCGACAGAAUCCAGUCCGGUCUCCCGAUCCAAUCCAACCCAACCCAAUCCACACCAUGUCAGCGGCAAAGACAAUGGCAGCCCUCGCGGCAGCGGUGAUCGCUUCGUCGAUGCCGGCAAUGGCCUUCAACUCGGUCGCGGCCCCCCGUUCCGCGGCGCGAAGGGCAGCGGCAACGGCAACGGCCACCACCACGAGGCUGUACGAUAGCUACGACGACCAGUACGCGAAAUUCCAAAACCGGGGUCCCCCCCCGUCGCAGCAGCCGGCAGAGGCCGGAGCGGUGGAAGAAGAAGCACCCUCCGCCCCGGUCCCCUCCGCCUACGGCUCGUACCUGGACAACCUGGGCAGCGCUCCCGUCGCGGAAGAAACGGAGGAGGUCUUUUACGAGGCCACCAACUCGUACGAGGCGCCCCCGGUUUUCGAAGCGGAGCCCGAGCCGGAGCCCGAACCCCUUCCGGAACCCGUGUUUGCUGCUGCCCCCGCCGUUCCGSAGCCCGUGGUAGCCGCCGCUCCCCCCGCGGCGGCAAAGCCUCCCCCGGCGGUUUCCAGCCGCCCCCCACCGAUCGAGUACCAGUCCUCCCCGACCCUGUCGGCCGAGUCCUCCACCCUAUCGGUCACGCUCCCGGUCGGACUCCGUCCCCCCAAGCUCGGAAAGUCCAAGGACAUUUCCUACGGAGAGGGAUCCCGAAAGUUCCGCCGGACCGUCUACUCCCACGACGACUGGGUCCGCCACCGGGACCCCGAUCGCUUCUUCCGGUACAUUGCCAGCGUCCCAACCUCGGGGAUCUACCGCAACCUGGCCCGCGAGGUCUGGGCCGUCGUGGCCGUCACGAUGCUGGUCCUGGUCUACAACGGACUCAUCACGGGCUACCAGGACGUCUCGGGGGCCCUGCACGAACCGGUCCUCUCGAGUCCCUUUUUGCCUCCGUUGACGCUUCCGGCGACGCCCUUUACGCUGGCCAGUCCUUCCCUGGGAUUGCUUCUCGGUAGGUGCCGCGACGAUUGCGCGUGUGUUGUUGGCAGCGAUGUGUUCGGCUGCGUUGUGUUGCGUUGCGUUGCGUUGUGUUGUGUUGGGGUUGUGCUCCGCUGCGGUGUCUUUGGAGCAUCGGUACCGCUCUGCGGGACGAAAGCAACGUGUACCCGAGUAUUCUCUGACCCUUUUGGUUCUGUUUUCUCUAUAAACCUGCCCCGUGCGGUGCUUGCGACGAAACAAACCGCAACGAAACGCAGUCUUCCGAUCCAACACGGCCUACCAGCGGUGGGACGAGGCCCGCAAGAACUGGGGAAUGAACAUCAACCACACCCGCGACCUCGUCCGAAUGGGCAACGCCUACUACGACCAGACCGGGAUCUCGGACGAGCAGAGAGAGGCCGACCUGGAACGCCUCAGCAUGUGCACCUGGGCCUUUGUCCGAUCGAUGAAGCGCCACCUCUCCCCCGAAAAGGAGGACGAGAACGCCUUCAAGGCGGAGCUCUACGAGCGCCUCCCCAAGACGCAGGCCCAGGCCAUCAUCAAGGCCGCCCACCGGCCCAACCGAGCCCUCUACGACCUCUCGCUCGCCAUCGAGAACCUGCCCAUGCACUUUUUGAGAAAGAACGAGAUGCACGCUGCCCUCACCAUCUUCGAGGACAACCUCGGAUCCUCCGAGCGUCUCCUCACCUCUCCGGUGCCCCUCAUCUACAACCGCCACACAUCCCGCUUUUUGUCGGUCUGGCUCCUCCUCCUGCCCUUUGCGCUCUGGGAACCCUUUGGAAACAUGUGGAACCACAUCGGAAUGCUCCCCACCAUGGCCAUGCUCGGCCUCUUGCUCUUUGGCAUUGAGGAACUCGCGACGCAGAUGGAGGAACCCUUCACGAUCCUCCCCAUGCAGGCCUUUUGCGACAAGAUCGGCAACUGGUGCAACGAAAUCGUCAGCUGGGAGGACGGAACCAAUGGAAUCACCACCAACAAGUCCUACCAGGGACGAACAAAGGUCUACGCGGCCGAUCAGACCGACUACAACUAGGCGGGAGGACCUCUCCCACCCCCGCCGCCUUUUUGUGUCUUUUGAACCGGCGACGCAACGAAACUCGCUCUCUGCGCGUGCGCCAACGCAAGAAUCCACAAACGGCGGCUCGAGGGAAGGAACCAAUCUCCCCAAUUAGAAUAGGUCUGCUUUUGCUCCUCUACGGCGUUCGAAUCGACGGUUCGAGGACGAGUCUGGAAAUCGAAACCGAUGAUUCUCGAAUGGAACCGUUCGGUAGCAAGUACAUUAAAAAGUAGGCUGUGAA